AUGUCAGAUUUGCUUUACAAAAUCAAAUGGGAAGAGCCAGAAGUCCUUGUGCCUGGUAACCACAGCACUGAGCCUGAUAGUCAACCACCUUGGAAGUGUAUUAGUGAAAUUAUCCCAGGCUUGUAUUUAACUUGCGAACAGGAGGUUCGUAAUAGACAAGUAGCCAUUGAAAUGGGCAUGGCACUAAUACUCAAUAUGUGUGCCUUAGAAGACAUAGAAACUUAUGAAGUUUAUCUAUUUGACGAAGGCGAAAAUAUUUUUUUGAAUCGAGAAAUCAAAGAUUUUCAGCAGUUUGUUUAUGAACUCAAUGAGUAUACAUCUUACCUAUCUGAUAAAGAUUUAGCGAAACGCAAGACAUUUAUUUAUAAUAUACCUGCUGUUGACACUCCAAACUAUUUAAUAGAAAACCAUUUUCCACUAACAUCUGCGCUAAUACGACUGGUGUUGUGCAAUCGGACUUUAUUGGAACGAAACAAUGACCAUUGGACUUACGAGCAGCUCCAUGCGGUAGUGGCACAUUGUAUGGUUGGUGUUAGUCGCUCAGCUUCAAUUGUCGCGGCCUACCUCAUGAAAAAAGCAGGCAUCACCAGAAAUGAUGCCUUAUCCUUUAUACAAAUGGUCAGGCCGGUCGUUAACCCCAACAAUGGCUUUCGGCAUCAAUUGCUUUUAUGGGAGGCUACAAAAGGUCAGCGUAUAGUUGACGAAUUGUCUGCGCGACUUGUAGCCUCCCAAAUCAACAAUGAAGCAGAGUUGUUUAAUUAUAUUUACCUACAUUUGCCCCUUCUGUUGAAAAAUAGCAAGUUUUAUCAAGAAAGACAAUAUUUUGGUUUGGUUAUAUCGCUCACUCAACCAUCACAAAACACAUUAGUUUCUCUCUAUCAGAAGUUUGAAUCUAACGUGACUGAGGCAAUAAUAUCGGAGGAUUAUACCGAUAUACCGAAUUUUUUUGCUAAUGUAUCUGACAUCAUAAGCAGCUUACAGAUUUAUUGUGAAGAUAUUUUUGUUAAUCUUUAUGAUUUUGACACUAAACUAAUAUUUAAUGAUUCUUUUUACUUCAAAGUUAUAAAAAGCAUUGCCUGCUCUGGGUUUAUGAAAGAGAUUUACGAUACAGUAAGAGCCUUUUGUUUCACACUCAAAGAAGCGGAUUUGAGAUAUUAUCUCUCCGAUAGAAAUUUGUGUGUAAGUUUUCCCAAAGAGCUUUUUAAAUUAGAGAUUCCUAAAAACAUGGUCGUUUCAUUUCCUUUCCUAGCUUUUAUUGCUCCAUAUGCAGAGGGUUUCAUUAAGCCUCCAAAGUUGCUUAGCUUAGCCAGUGAGUUUCGCAAUGCAACCAAUGGGAGAAGUUUCAUGAGAGCACAAGAAUUUGCCGAUAUCAUAAAAGAAGAAUUUCUAGACAUAUUUUUGCUGUCAUUGUCAAGCAAGAACACUGAUUUUCUAAAGAAUUCUUCAUCAGCGAUGGAAUGUGAAUUUAAUAUUUCUUUUAGCUUUCUUAAAAAUGAUUUGGAGAUUCAGGUUUUGGAAACAUUUAGAACGAAUAAAUCUGUUCCCUUUAAUAUUUUGAUUUCAUGUCUAAAAGAGCUUCACUGGCAGCUUGGACAGACAUUAAUCCUAAAGCUUGUGAGCGGUUUACUUGCGUUUCGUUUAUUAUUAGAGGCUGUUGAGCAGUUUUUGCUGCGUAUCUGCGAUAAUAAUCUCCCCAAAGGCAUUCGUUUAAGUGAGCGUGAGUUACCACUAGCUCUGAUCGAUAGCUUUAUAAAAUGUAUGGAGAGUUUAUAUAUACAGCAUUUUCAUAAGCCAUGUGGUAUUGUUUCCUUUUUAAGGAGAGAGUUGGAACCACUUUUCGAAGUUGGUGUCCUUCAAGCCGACGGGCUGUGGUCUAUACUGUAA